CAAAUAACAUAACUACACUUUUACCCACUGAAACGACUUAUAAAUCAGUUCAUGAGGAAUUUUUAACUAGUUUAGAAAUCGACAGGGUGAUUUAUGCGAUACCUGUCAUAGCCCAAUUAGAGCGGGAUUAUUAUAACCAGAAUACUAAACUAGUAAGAGAACAAGAAAACAACGACAUCGCCCAUUAUAGUUUUGAUUGGUCUCAAAAUAUUCAAAUUCCCUAUUCUAGCCAACAAGCCAGCCAAAGAUAUUUCAUCACCGCCCUUAAAGUUUACUUAUUUGGUAUUCAUAAUGAAGCCACCAAAGAGCAAAUUAAUUUU